AAUGGCGGACAAUUAACUAAAAACUGAAACCGACCAGGAGGUCGUAGUUUGCAGUGAAGCUAGAGGGAGGCUCUUUUAAAGCAAAGCAUUUUAUCUAGCAUUGAGACUGCUGGUGUCCAGGGAUUAAAACUUUACCUAUCAAUUGUAACCAGACUUAAAUACCAAACUAUGCUACCCCACACGGACUAAAGGGAAAAACGGUCGGGGCCCAUAGCAGUACAUUAUGUUGAAAUUUUUAUUUGUGGACUGGCAUACCCAGGAAGCGGAGUUCGAUUAACGCUAGACCCCCGACAAUAGCCAAAUCAAAUGUGCAAACCCCGAGCAAACAGUCUGAUGUGGUUUUAAUUGAUCUUUUUGGGGACUUUUUAUAUAUGCACAAGAUGUCACCCACGAAGAUGGGAAUCGUAGUGCUUCAGAAUGCUUUUGGAAUCUCUAGGAGUUUGUUUCAGUGAGAAUGAGGGGUUCGCAAAGGAGGCUCGCGAGCCUCCCGGCUCUUGCCCCGAGCAUACCGGCUGCUUUUGUAAAUGCACCAACUGUGCCUCCUAAACCAGCUUCUUCCCCAAAUCAGGAAAGUACGACGAAGUUUCAAGGACAUUAUGAAACUGAAUUCAUCAUGGCGAACAUGGACCAGGGCUGGGCAGCCAAAUUGCUCAACCCCGACAAGGACAGGGAAAACCUCGCCCGUGUCUGCUGGAUGUUACAUGACGUUGGCACCCACUCUCUUCGAUCCGUCUUUGACAGCAUCCACCCUCCUCUCAAUCUCAAAGAUCACUUAGCGCAACCUCAUAUUCGUACCGUUCUCCAACGACUUCACGAGCAGGGUGUUCUUGACGAUAAACAAUGGAAACUCUUGUAUCCGACAAAGAAAAAGCAUACGACUUCACAGCAGUACGACAGUCGGACACUGGCGACCCUGCUGCAGACGAUCUGUCACCUAUGUCCUCCAUAUCCAAAUGGAUGGUCUGCUGCUCCACUCUCGGCUGAUAGCAGUCUUAGUGCUGAUAUUGUCAGAUUACAACUGAUGUUCCAACAUGUCGCUGAAAUGAAAACCAUCUCCAUCGAGGAAUAUACUUCCAUCUGGAAACAAAUUAGAGAGGUGCUUCUACGACUUGGUGGGCCUCCUAUCAGAGUAAGACUACAUCGUAUCGAAAACGAGGUUCUGGAUGCUGAGAUGCAGACUCACUACAUCAACAAAGUGCAUGAGAGCUGGGGCUCCAACCACAAGCGCUUAGCCUUUUCACCCAAAUCUUCGAGUUCCAGAAACACAAAAGGGAAAACUAAACGCAAAAACAAUGCAGAGCAGGAAGGUAUCCCUCCAGAGGACAAGGCAGUUUUGAUGAAAACUUACAAACUCUUUGUGGACAAUAUUCAAGCAGAAGACAUCAUCGAUCGUCUGCAACAAAAUCAAGUCAUCAAAUUCAGCGAUCGGCAGGAAAUUUUUGCCCUCAGUAAAAGACACGAAAGGAUGCAACUCUUAUUGGAUAAGAUCUUGCAUUCUAAACUCUCCUAUGCAUUUAAAGCUUUGACAGAUUCAAUCAAGUUUAAAUACAAGAAAAUCCAUGAGACUGUCGUGCAGAUACGUAAAGAGACCUAUAAACAUGGAAUCCGAGAGACUGUUGAUGUCGUGGGUGUUGUGACAACUGCACUUACCAACUUCUACAAAAAUAACUACAGCAAAUGCUCUCCAUUCCCGUGGAACGAGAGUAUCACCUGCAAUAUCCGCGACAUGUACACACCUCUUGAAAUCAUGGACCAGGACGGAAAGCGACUUCACCUGAGUGAGUUUCUUCCACCAGUGACCUCGGUUGGAAAAGGCCAGCGAAUUCUUCUCGAGGGACCAAGUGGUAGUGGUAAAACCAUUCUGAGCCAUAUGGUGGCCUACAUGUGGGCAACUCAGAGGAGCUACUUCAAAAACAAAUACGGAAUUCUUCUCCAUGUCGAUCUGAAAAAGAUGGAUGGAGAUUUUCAGGAACAGGUGUAUUGGAAUCUCUUACCUGAAGAUUUCAAACUGAAUCCAUCAGAAUUUUUCUCCAUGUUGGAGGCGAACGCAAGUGAAGUACUUCUGAUCCUGGAUGGCUAUGACAGUAAAAUAAGCCAGAGAGGUUUAGAGGACAUUCUCUCAGGGAUCCACCUACGUCAAGCUAAUGUCAUUGUUAUGAUGAAUCCCGAGAUUGUGUCUUCACCUGGAUUUAUUCCAGAUUCUCGGCUAUUUUCAAUGGGAUAUAGUAUGAACAAUGUCAGCAGAUGCAUGAAAACAUAUCUGUAUCAUUACAAAUUCAAUCCAGAAAAUCACCAGAGACUGUUCGAUACAGUGACUGAUGAAAAUUGGCAAUUCAGACCAUUUAUCACAAAACCAAUCUGCUGUUUGCUCAUUUUCGCCGUAUAUCAGUCCUCGAAAAAUGCCAAAAUUACCGACAUUACAGGAUUAACUUCGCUAAUGGAAGCUUACGGUUUUGCAAUGGCAACUCAGUUCUGCAAAAGACAAAAACUUGACAUUAUUGGCUUAGAAUAUCCCGAGGAAGUGGUUAGAGCAAUUGACCAGUUAAGUACCUUUGCAUUUAGAACAUUGAACGACGAAGAAUAUGCGUUUACAGAAGAGGACAUUCAUAAAGAUACUCAAAAUGCAAUUGUCUUCAAGUUAGGUGCGUUUUUCAAACUUACACCAGUUUCCAAGUGGAUGUUUACAUGUAGUCUAAUGCACGAUUUUCUAGCGGCGAGACAUCUGUCUGAUUAUGUUCUAGAGGAAAUGACCAGCGUUAUCAAGGAUCACCGAAUGAUGAAACAGUCACGUUACAAUCAGCUAGUGAUGUUCACGUGUGGCUUGUACAGAAACGACCAUGACACCCCGGUCAUUCGCCAGCUCUUCUCUGAAAUGGCAGUCCAGAACAUUCGACACACGCGGGUAGAGAGCGAAGAUUCAGACAUCUCGGAAGACGAAAUUAGGCCACUAAGACCUCCCAGCGGAAGAUUCAAUGAUUUUGCCCAAAGCCUACAAAGUCUAGCGGAAGCCAAAUUUAGGGAGGAUGCUCUUGAAGCCGUAGCCCAGUCGUUUCCACCUCGGACCGUUAUCAAACGUGACGGACUACUGCCGUACAAAAGUCUUCUUUCUCUCCCACAUAUCAUGCUUCACGAAACAAAUCGUAUUACCCAUCUAGAAAUUCAUCUCAUUCCUGUAUUCAUGUGUCAGAUCCAACUCUACACUGAUUUCGCGGAGGGUAUUUCUAAAAGCAAGGUCCUUGUUCACCUAAAACUUGUUUGGAGCUCUAUGGAUGUACUAGCUAGAUUUUUGGAUGCAUUUAUGAAAACGACGGAAUCUAUAGAAUCAGUCAUUUUACAGGACGCCUGCAGAAAACCGAUAAAACAAGUAUCUGCUGCAACAUGGGCAACGUUGCAGAAUGCUUGCCAAAAUAUGACAAAAUGCAAGAGAUUCGCCUUCUUGCAAGGCAAAGUGGCAGCUAUUUCUUAUUUUGUCUUGCAACAUCUUCCAGACACAAUCCAAGAACUGGAUUUCACAGGAUGUGUACUUAAUAUGAUGUGCGCUUCCGAACUUAGUUCUAAAGUAGAGCAGGCUACUUGUUUGGAAGUUCUGGACAUUAGUCAGACAAGUUUGUUCGGAUCUGCAUUUGUUGCUGUACUGCAAGGACUGAAACUCAGCAGCACAAUGAAAACACUGAAACUUCGCGGUGCAAAACUAGACAGGGUUGGUGUUAUUACAUUAGCUGAAUGUUUGAAGUUAACACGGACUCUCCAAGUUUUGGAUCUGAGUGACUGCGAGCUAAACACAGACAUGUGCAAAACACUCACGGACGCAAUCGCAGAAAAUCAUAGUCUUCGAAAAUUGGUGCUGAAAAACACAAAAGUGACAAAUGAGGGGAGACAAGCAAUAGUCAACCCUAAGCUAGACCAACUCACAGUUGUCGGACUUGAUGAUAUGACAUACGUUUUACAGGCCGUCAAUGUUGCAUAGAUUUGUGAUGAUGCACAAAGCUUAAGAUUUUUGAGAUACAUCCAUCCAAGAAUCCAUUUAUCCUUUACUUUGACCCUAUUUUCUAAAAAAGGGUUGGCAUAUUUCUAGAAAUUGUUAUUUACAUAAAUUUGCUAUAGAGCUGCAGUAAUAGGGAAAUGUUCAUAGAAAUUAUACUCAAUAAACCAGAAAAAAGA